CAAAGGGCACUUCCGCAUUACCUUUCCAACCCGGCAAAUAUGGCGACUACCAGUAGCGUUGUUGUGCUCUGCUGCCUUUUUGUUCUCCCGCUGUGUGUUCUAGGAGACACAUGUCUGGCACCAGAGGUCAAGACACAGACCUACACCACAACAGAGGCUGUCACCUCAACAGAUACUGUGUUCAUUAUAGAGUUUACAUUGAAAUGCAAAAACAGUGUAUCGAAUAUGAAUUUAUAUGCUGACAUUCAGGGAAAAACUCUUCCGGUGACAAGAACAGUUACUGGAGAUAAAUAUCAGGUCAGCUUCAGCGAUGAACACGCUAACUUGCCUUCAGGCUCCUAUAACAUCAGACUUUUUGAUGAGGAGGGAUUUGCAGCUCUUAGAAAGACUCAGAGAAGUGGAGAAGAUACUGGCGCUUUGAAACCUGUUCAUACCAUCAACAUGAACCACCCUGGCGUGUGGAAGGGUCCCUUCCUCCAGAGCGAGUUCGUUGCAGCCACUGUAGCAGUGUUCGUAUGGUAUCUGGCCUACAAUGCACGUAGCCAGCUACAGUAACGCACAUAGCAUUGUUUAUUUUAUACAAGUUCAUUUAAUAUUAUUUUCAAAUAAAUUUUCUUUUAUAAAAAC